AUGUCUGCCUUCUCAGCCGGCCUGGCCAUUGGUUCAAUUAAUGGAAGCAAAAAGGCCGCGUAUCGCUUCCGCGCUGAAAAUGCUCAUCGUUUCCCCACGACGCCGACCGGAUGGUUCCAAUACCACAAAACCAAAAACUACAUAUCUAUCGUUGGAGGCGUUAAAGAGGGCGUGAAAAUGGGCUUCAAGCUCGGCGCUGGGGCAUUGGCGUUCUGUCUUUUUGAGGAGACUGUGGACUACGCUCGUCACGACCAGAGAGAUUUCAUAUCCACAGUCACGGCUGGACUGUCAUUCUCUGGAAUCUACAGUCUGAUAGCUCGGCACGAUGUUUACACCGCAGCGCGAACAACAAAACUGGGCUUGAAGCUGAGCCUGGUUUAUGGACUGCUGCAGGACGGGCUCGAAAGCUUGAAGGGCAAUAGACCUGCAUAUGUUGAUUUUAUCAUCGGUCAACGCUCUAAAAUUGAACAAGAAGCUUGA